AUGGCAGAAGUGGCUCCCGCGCCCGCCGCCGCGCCGGCCAAAGCGCCCAAGAAGAAAGCAGCUUCGCUGCCAAAGAGAGCCGGGCCUAGCGUCGGCGAGCUGAUCGUCAAAGCGGUUUCCGCGUCCAAGGAAAGGAAUGGCGUGUCUCUCGCUGCCGUGAAGAAAGCUCUGGCUGCCGGUGGAUACGACGUGGAGAAGAACAAGUCCCGCGUCAAGCUCGCCGUCAACAAUCUGGUGAAAAAAGCGGUCUUGGUUCAAACCAAAGGCACCGGCGCGUCUGGCUCUUUCAAGCUGAACAAGAAGCAGACCGAAGCUAAGAAACCCGCGUCCAAAGCGAAGAAGCCGGCCGCCAAAAAGUCCGCGGCGGCGAAGAAGCCCAAGAAGGUAGCGGCCAAGAAACCCGCCGCCGCCGCCAAGAAGUCUCCUAAGAAGGCAAAGAAACCCGCCGCUGCCGCCAAGAAAGUCACCAAGAGCCCCAAGAAGGCGAAAAAGUUGGCGACCCCCAAAAAGGCAGCGAAGAGCCCCAAGAAGGCGAAGACAGUUAAGCCCAAGACUGCCAAGCCCAAAGCAUCCAAGGCUGCCAAGCCUAAAGCGCCCAGGGCAAAAAAGGCAGCUCCUAAAAAGAAGUAAACAUGUUAAGUUUAUUUCUUUCAUAUUCCCCCUAAACGGCUCUUUUAAGAGCCACCCACGUUGUCAUUUAAUGAGCAAUAAUCCACUUUUUUUUGUCAAACUACAUGAAUAGAAUAACCACAUAAUUAAUACUAUAAGAUUCUAAGGAAUCCUGUUAUUUUAAGACUUUUCUGAAGUAUACACUUUAGUUAUGUAAAAGUAUAUGGAAAUGCAUGCAUGUAAACCGGAGGUAUAACAGGCUUUUAAUAAUGCGUGUGAAAAAGCAAAGGACUGUAAACAAAACAUUAGGAGAUUCGGUUGUGUGGGACACACUCUCCUUGUAGAUGUGGGCUCUGAAAUAUAACAAUUGUUGAUUUUCGCUUGCAAGUUUGACAUU